UGUAACCCGAUGCAGAACGACGGUGAAGACUGCUACUGCUACGGUUCUUACGGUAUCAGUCCCGGGAACAACUGAUUCUGUGUGCUUCUACACCACACUCCUUCCAUAGUCUGGCUCUUGGUUGGGGGAAAAAAUCUAAAACGGGAAUUCUUUCCCAAAAACCCACCCCCCAAUCAAACGUGCGUUGUGUUGGUCCCGCAGCAGAGCAAGUGUUGUGGCGCUUUCGGUGAAUCUCGGUGCAGUGCAAAAAAGGGGCAGGAAUUUCGCCCGGAAUUUGCCGCAUUGGGAGCCCAAUGGGAAGAAGAGGAAGAAGAACGGAAACGGAAGAGUUGAAUAGUGUGUGAAUUUCCCGACGACACGGGAGAAAGAAGAAUGGAAAAUUCGACCAAAUGUCGACUAAAGGUGAUUCACGAGCAGCAAGGAUCUCUGCUGUUUUCCGAAAGAUCGGCAAAGUGUUUCCCGAGGAUUACGUGAUUGCUUGACUUGAGUGCUGGGAAUUGGAAUCCGUUCCGUGGAGCGUGAAGCGAGGAAGGACGCGACGACGUCAAGAGUGUGUGUUUGAAUAAGUGUGUAAUACGAAAAGCAGAGCGGAAAAUCAUAUACUAUUUAACGGAUAAACACAGAAAAGGGAUUUCGAGUGAAACCAAUUAGCGGCGAGGAGAAAAAAAAGUGCGCGAUAACAUAACACAAAACCCACAAAAUAGGACGGAAGGAGAGCGAAGCAUAGUUUGAGUUCCUCCAACGGUGGUAACCGCAUUCGGUUAUUUCUUAAACUGAGUGGUGAGUGCGGUGAGUGAAAGAGAGAGCGAGUGCUCGCUCUCGAUGCAGUGUGAGAACAAGAUGGCGGCAGCGCCCAAAGCAACCGAAGAGGACCGUCAGGGGGAGCAACCCGCCCCCACCCCUUUGGACACUUCCUGUAGACGGAAGAACCAAACAGCGUUACUGCCAUCGUCACUCCACUCGCGCGCUAGUCGCAUCCGGAAUAGCCGCAAUAACAAUCGCCAUAAUCGUAAAGAAAUGGAUAAAACCCGGCCCAAUGUUGGGAAAAAGCGAGCAGUCAAAGCCAGUGCUGCCGGCUUUCGUUGCCGUCGGUUAGAUCUUAUGAGCGUGUGGCAAAUGCUUUACAAUGUUCCGAAGUUGGCGCUGUUUGCGGUGCUGCUUAUUUCCUAUCUUGGAUCCCACUGCUGUUCGGGUUUCGUGCUCGAUGGGUCCCAGAAUAGUUUUGCCCAAUUCCGAAAGUGGUACACCGGACUGAACGGGACGCUCGAGCUGGAGUUUAAGACCGAACAACCGAACGGAUUGGUCCUGUACACCGACGACGGGGGGACGUAUGACUUUUUCGAACUCAAACUGGUGGAAGGAGCGCUCAGACUGAGGUACAACCUGGGCGGUGGAGCCCAAAUCAUCACAGUCGGCAGGGAUUUGCACGAUGGACACUGGCAUAAAGUGCAGGUCCUCCGCAAUGAUGAGCACACCACUCUUACGGUGGAUGGUGUCUCCCAGAGUCGUACCUCCCGAGGGAAGGAAUUCCUGUUCGGCAAGUUCGCCACCAAUUCGGAUGUGUUUGUCGGUGGCAUGCCCAACUGGUACAACUCAAAGCUCGCCUUGCUAGCGCUGCCGAGCGUUAUCUUCGAGCCCCGAUUCCGAGGCUCGGUACGCAAUCUGGUCUACUCCGACCAGCCCGGAGUGUCCCCCCGGAGACAGGAAAUGCGUCAACCGAGGGAUAUUAAGUGCGGCGACUCACCCUGUGAUUUGACGGCAAUCCCGCGAGAGAAGGUGACGAGGGACACGCACCAGCACAACAUCAACAACAUCAACAACAACAACAUCUACCACAAACACCAAUCCCGAAAGCCAAAAACCGCACCAAACGCAUCAUCUUUGACCGCAGCGCCAACGCCAACGGCUGCAACCACUGCCACUACUGUCAGGGAAGCACGUGACGCACAAUCCUCAGGUGUUUAUCCCCCCAACUAUGAUCUGGCGCAUAACUGCGUCAGGGCACUACCCUCGGACAAGGGAUUACGCAGCAAUGUAACGGACGCCUGCGAGCGGCACGACCCCUGCCAGCAUGGCGGCAUCUGCAUAUCGACCGAUUCCGGACCAAUCUGCGAGUGUCGCAAUCUCGAGUACGAGGGGCCCCACUGCGAACGAGAUAAAGCACCCUCGGAGGCCACCUUUCGGGGCACGGAGUUCCUGUCGUACGACUUGGGCCAAACCGGCGGUGAGCCAAUCGUGAGCGCACAGGACGCCAUCACGCUUUACUUCCGGACCCGCCAGCCAAACGGAUUGCUAUUCUACACAGGUCAUGGAACCGAUUACUUGAAUCUAGCGCUGCGUGACGGAGGCGUCUCGCUGACGAUGGGACUCUCGAACGGCAAGCAGGAGAUGCACAUCAAACCAGCGAGGGUUCGCUUCGAUGACCACCAGUGGCACAAAGUAACCGUUCACCGGAGGAUACAAGAGCAGAUUUCAUCGAUUACCAGCUUCUGCAGGUUGGUAGCCGUGGUGGAUGAUGUUUACACCGACCAUUCGCACAUCGCUGGCAAGUUCACGAUGCUCUCCUCAUCGCGGGUUUACGUAGGCGGCGCUGUCAACCCGCGGGCUCUGCUCGGGGCGCGCGUUCACAACAACUUUGUCGGGUGUCUCCGAAAGGUUGAAUUCUCGGCCGAUACGCUUCGCUUGAAUCUGAUCGAUUUAGCCCGAACCGGAUCCAAGCUGAUACAGGUGGCCGGACGCGUUGACUACCAGUGCCCCAGUGGAGAUCCGCAGGACCCGGUCACCUUCACCACCCGCGAAUCUUAUCUGAUGCUGGCCCCGUGGGAUGUUUCGAAGCAAGGUAUGCUGUCGUUCAAAUUCCGCACAAACGAACCGAACGGUUUAAUUAUCCUGAACACCGUGACGCGACAGCCGCGGCCGGACUUCUUCGCGGUCGAGCUACUGAAUGGACAUAUCUACAUCCACAUGGAUUUGGGCUCGGGUGCGGUCAAGGUGCGGGCGUCUAGACGCCGAGUAGACGAUGGCGUGUGGCACGAGCUGUCACUGAGACGAAGUGGUCGCGACGGGAAGGUUGGCGUCGAUGGACAGUGGAACGACUUCCGAACGCCAGGUGAAUCGACCCAACUCGAGCUGGACAGCCCGAUGUAUUUGGGCGGGAUUGGUCCUCCGUACGCCGACGUGGUGAUACCUCCGGCGAUCUGGACGGCCACGCUGCGGCAAGGUUUCGUCGGAUGUCUGCGGGAUCUGGUACUGUCCGGGAAGCCGAUCGAUAUCGCGGCAUACGCAAGACAGCAAGAUUCAGGAGCCAUCAAACCGUCCUGCCAUGUAGUGGCAAAUCAGUGUGGAGGUUCCGUUUCGCCCUGUCAAAAUGGUGGACAGUGUACGGAAGGAUGGAAUCGCCCACUGUGUGAUUGUUCGGCAACCCUUUUCACCGGUCCAACCUGUGGACGGGAGUCUGCAACGCUGGCUUUCAACGGAUCGCAACAUAUGGCCAUCUGGAUCGGUGGUAGCCAGGGAACUCGCACGCAAACGGAAGAAUUGGUGAUACGCUUCAAGACUUCUCGGCCGGCUGGUUUACUGUUGCUGACCAGCGCGGAGUCGAGCUCAUCCGAUCGACUCGAAAUAGGUCUGGUGGCGGGUCGUGUUCGGGCAAACGUAAGGCUUGGUGAACGCGAGAAGAACCUGCUGGCCGGCCAGGGCGUCCUCAACGACAACAACUGGCACACGGUUAGAUUCUCGAGACGUGCGUCCAAUCUCCGACUGCAAGUUGACGGGGCAGCGCCCGUCAGGGGUAUGUUAUCGGAGGCAAUCCUGGGUCGCCACAGCACCCUGGAGGUGAAGUCGCUGCACCUGGGUGGGCUGUUCCACGCCGAGGAGGAGAUCCAGAUGACGGCCGCGAUGCCCAACUUCGUCGGCCAGCUGCAGGGCUUCGUGUACAACGGACAUCGCUACAUCGACGUGGUGAAGACGCUCGGCCCCGAGCUGUCGGCACUGCCCACGACCACCUUCAAGCUGACCGCCCGCUUCAUAAACUCUCCCCCGGGAUCACCGUACCUGCCGGCCACCUUCCGCUCGAAACACUCCUACGUGGGUCUGCCGAUGCUGAAGGCCUACUCGUCGGUGUUCAUCGAUUUCCGCUUCAAGACGCUCGAACCGAACGGGUUGCUGUUCUACAACAGUGGCAAACGGAGUGACUUCCUGGCGGUGGAACUCGUCAACGGUCACAUCCACUACGUGUUCGACCUGGGCGAUGGACCGAUCACCAUCCGGGACAAGGCCCGCAUCCACAUGAACGACAACCGGUGGCACUCGGUCAGCAUACGGCGACCCGGCCCGAAGACUCACACGCUGGCCGUGGAUGAGUCGAUCGAGAUCUAUACCGCCAGCGGGAACAAUCUGCACCUCGAGCUCGAAGGGAUUUUGUACGCUGGCGGUGUGUUCAAGGAUAUGUACACGAGACUGCCGUCCAGUAUCGCAUCGCGAAUUGGUUUCGAGGGGUGCAUGGCAUCGGUGGAUCUUACGGAUUCUUCACCGAGCCUCACGGAGGACGCGGUCGUUCCAAGCUCCCUGGUGGUGUCCGGCUGUGAAGGGCCCACCAAGUGUAGCCAGAAUGCUUGUGCGAAUCGUGGUAUUUGUGUGCAGCAGUGGAACGCGUAUGCCUGCGAGUGCGAUAUGACGUCCUUCACUGGACCAACGUGUUAUGAUGAAUCGAUCUCGUACGAGUUUGGCAACAACAAGGGCUUGAUCCAGUACACGUUUCCGCCCGGCCGUCAGCCGGAUACAGAAGAGGACAACAUCGCGCUAGGAUUCGUGACGACCAAGUCCGACGCAGUGCUGCUGCGUAUCGAGAGCUCGACGACACAGGAUUACAUCGAGAUGGAAAUCGUCGAAGGCAACAUCUUCAUUGUGUACAACAUCGGAUCGCAUGACCUCCCGCUUGGGGAGAUUGGAGUGAAAGUGAAUGACAAUAACUACCACAUUGUUCGCUUCACCAGAUCCGGAGCGAAUGCUUCGCUCCAAAUCGACGACUACAACGUCCAAACGUUGUUCCCACCUGGUCAUCAGUCGACGAUUUUCACCUCGAUGGCCAACAUCCAGGUCGGCGGUAAGAUCUCGCGUAACGGGCGCGCCCGCAUCGAGCGUCCGUUCGGUGGCGUAAUCGCCGGACUGUCCGUCAACCGGCUGCGGGUGCUGGACCUGUCGGCGGAACGCGAUCCCCACAUCAACGUGCGGGGCGAUGUGCAAUUGGUAACUGGCGUUUUAGAUAGAAAUGACCAAAGAAUGCAGCAGAAUUCUUCGGAUAAUUUCAAGACCCCGGCCAGUGGCUACCCGGGCGUGAUGGACGAUCUGAUCUUCAGCGGGGCCGGAUCGGGCUGCCGAGGGGACGACGAGGACGAGUGUACGCCGCCGUUCGAGAAUGGCAGUGGCGACGACUUGAUCACACCGGUUUACGUGCCACCGACGAAGCAAACGACACAAGCCGGUGGUGGCGGGGCCGGUGGGAAAGGAGCUGGCAGACGCAAGGAUGAGGGGAAGCUGUGCGACGAUGAGGACUGUAUGCACGGUUCCGGAUCGGGUGAGGUUACCGAGGUGUUUACAACAUCCACGGCGAAGAGUUCGGAAACCGUCCCAGAUGUAACGUACACAACAGUUGAGUUCGAUAAGAAGACAGAUGGCACGACUACAUUGACCACCCAAGGAAAACCGGAGACUUACGCACCGAGUGAGACUACACGAGAGAUUGACUCGACAAGCAGCGGUACAACGGGAUAUGGUAGCAGCGCCGGUAGCACUGGCGGCGGUGGAGGCAAUAGCUACGGAACCAGUUACGGAACGACGGCAUCGAUAGGUACUACGGGUACAACGAGUGGUACAACGGGUGGAACGAGUGGUCGGACAACGUACACUACCGGUACAACGUCGGGAACAAGCACCUACGGAUCGACGACCCAGCAGCAAACACCCUCGGAGACGACGACCAGUUAUCGAGAUCGCGAUCGAGAUCACAUUCGUGAAACAACAUACCCCCAAACGCCGACUACGACAGAGGAUGAUGAGAUAGUCGAAGUUCGGCAACCGGAGGAUGAUGUCGAUACGGGACAGGAGCACAAACCACCUAUUGGACGACGGCCACCACCGGUGAAAAUUGUUGAACCACCUAAUCCGGAGCCAGAACCACCGUACAACGUUCAUCCACCGGCUUUCCCACCUACCCGUUUGCCGAAGCACAAGGGUGGGCGGAUCAAUUCGGAAGCAGAGGAACGCACAGCUAUGAUCAUCGGUAUUGUGGCGGGAGCGCUGAUCGCCGUGAUUCUGGUCAUUUUGCUGGUGCUGUGGAUUAAAUCGAAUGGUGAUCGUUCGUACAAAACCGAGCACGACAAGAGUGGUCUCUAUGGGCAAGGACCAAGUGCAGCUUUGCUUGGUGGGUCGCACACCAACACGCAUAACUCUCACUACAACACGCAUCAACAGCAGCCACACCAUCCACAACCCCCGCACUACAACGGAAGUGGUAACGGUGGAAGUGGCAGCAUGGGAGCCGCUGCGGCAGUAGGAGGGGGAAGUGGUGGCGGCCAUCACACAAAUGGCAGCAGUACUUUGCCGUUGAACGGUUCGCUACGACACCAUCACAACGGCGGCAACGGUAUGGGUGGGGGCGGUGGCGGUGGUAUGGGAAUGGGUAGCGGUGGCAGUGGAAUGAGCAUGGGUUACAACGGAAGCGACCGGGGUAGCAUGCAAUCCGGCGGGCUGGGCCAACCGCAGAAGACGAAAAACCGAAACUCCAAAGACAUCAAGGAGUGGUACGUCUAGAGAUGCACAAAGGCACUGACACAAAGACACAUGUUCACACACGCGCAUCAAGACGAUAUAUUUAUACUACACCCCCAGUACCCAAACAAACAAAAAUGAGGAAGGAAAAAAAUGCGAUACACUCACCAUCACAUGCGCCAACACCUAUUUAUAUCGAACAUUGAUUAAUUAAGAGCAUUAUAAGAUUGUGAUGAAAUGAGCAGAACACAAAUGAGACACACAAACCUAUCACUGGUCAUUAAAUUACUGCAAAGAAGAAAAAAAACUGAUAAACUAAAGCCAUUUAGGACAGAAAAAAACACUUGAUUCAAUAUUUGUAAAUAGGGAACACUCAAACUCAAACCAAAAUCGAUCAAAUAAAAAUGAUUGUAAGGAACGUAACGUGAGGAAGAAAAAAAACAGUUAAAAGAACAGAAAUAGGAAUUAAUGCGUGCUGAGGCUGUGCCUCGCGAUUGCCGAGGGGUCACACACACAAAAUGACAGUUAAUUAGAGAAAAUGCUUCGAAAGAUUUUUAUCGAACUGUUGGAAAUUCUGUUUUAGGUUUUGUGAUGCAAGUUUCUGUGCGUUUGAGCAACAAAGCAGCCGCGCAUGUGCAGAAUCGUAGCAACCGCUGACUAAUUAUAGUCCGAAAUUGAAACUAAGCGAACUUAUUGUGAUUAUCGUGUUUUCUAUCUUUAAAAACAAACAUAUAAAGAAAAAAUAACAAAGUGUUGUGUUUGAGUUGUUCGAACUAAUUUUAUUUGUUUUCCCCGCUGAACGAAGAAACACCGUCUAAAACCGCUACAUAGUUUAUAUUAAUCGAAUUUAUUCGCGGAGAAUUUACAUGCAAAAAAUUGUCUAGUGAGCGCAGCGCUGUUUUUGACAGUUUAUCGAGUUUUCUAAUAUUGUGAAUUGAAAAAAAAAUCGUUAUCUUUCUGUUGGAAUCGCAUUUGACGCGCUCCCUCAGACAAGCAUUGCUUGCUUGGGAGCUGUGUUGUUGGAUUUCUAUAGAUUUUUCAUAGAAGAUCACACAAAAAACUGAGCUGCGGCGAAGAGGUGAGUGGAAUAUACAUAAUUGUCGGUCAGUAUGAAGAAUUGUCACAAACAGAGAACAAAAAAAAGAUCUUUGAACAAGCAAUUGUUUUUCUGCACAAAUUUAAUAUACUAGGUGAAAAGCGCAGAUAAGCUACCGUAUUUUUGAAUACCUUUAAGAUUGACUCCUAGUAAAUCUCUCGAAAGUGAAAUACACAAUCUGUAAAUGUUUUCGUUUUUCUUAACGAUCAAACAUCAGUUCUUUCUGCCGUUCCGCGUAAUUGUCCUUUUUGAGAAAUAAGCCCCCUUAACUAUGAAACAACCAAUAACCGCUCGCGAUUAGAGACUCAUUCGAACGUAUUUACACAAUCAUUGUUCACUUAAGUAAGACAAAAAUCUCAAAUUCUAAGAAUUCUUGCAAUUAAACAACAACAAAAAACGAUACAUUAAACUCUAAACCGCCGGAUUAAUUUUUUGAAGAAACUCAAACCUAUACUUAUCGAUCUAAGAGAGCUCUUAUAUAGAGAAAAGGAAACUUAGUAACACCGCCCCUCUCGUCCCCCUUGAGAGGACCGUCUUUCGUCAAUCGAGAGCAACCCUACCGACAAGAAAAAAAAACUCUUUUGAAAUGCACAAUUUUUGUCCGCGAAGCGAAAUGCACCAAAAAACAACACACACUUUAAAAAAUUACAAAUCAACAAUAAAAAAUACAAAUGUACUGUAUCUCGCAACAAAAAAAAACAGCCAAGUUUUUCUCAAACGAAAUUGAACACAACUAAACAAACGGGAAUAUAAGCAAACUCUCUCACUACUGAUUUAUGACUACAAACAGUAGCAGAAAUACGAUAAUUUGAACGGAAGGAAACUGCUUGACAAACAAACCAACAAACAAACAAACAAUAACUGUAUAGAUUUCAAAAUUGAGACUCGUACAGACCCAACCGGAAAUUAAAUGUUCUCUCUCUCUCUCUUUCUCUUAUGAAAAGCCCAUACAUAAAUUAUACCAGAAAGCAGGAGAUGAAUAUUGAGAACGAUUCUCAUUUUUCACGCAAAAUAGUAACGUUAAUAAUCAUAAUAAUAAUCGAGAAUCCGAAGCGAUAUACGGUUUUGUUUCCCUCCCACUCCCGGUCAGACAGACAGAAACAGAAGAAGUCGCGCGCUAUGCUUCUCUUCUAGUUUUUCUCUCUCCCUCUCGAAGGCAAAACACACUCACAAUCCUUUUCGAUUCUUCGUUUUCAAGUGAUAGACGUAAACAAUUCUAACGAGCGACUUAGGAGUAUGAACCAUAUUUAAAAUGAACAACAUAUCAGUUUUAUACCGAGAAUCUAGGCGAAAAAAUGGCGAAUGCGUUCCCCGAGCCCCUCGUGCUGAGGGGGGCGGGGAAAAGUACAACUGAAUGAAAUGUUAGGAAAAUUGAAAAUGAUACAACUCAAUCCUGUCGAAAAUCAAACAAUCAAUCCCGAAAUGUUGCUUUUGAUGCUGUCAAUGACACAUUUUUCCAACCAUCUCUCCGAAUCUUUCUUUUUUCAUCCCUCACUUAAUCAACAGUCGUAGAUUUUGCUUUACACUCAUCCUUAGAUAGGUAGAUCAAAUAUUCACAUCCCUUCGAACCCUUUCUUUCUUUUGUUCAACCAUAAAUCAUCCGCAAAUUGUACAUCGAACGAUUCAGUCCAGUUUUUCUCGGCUCCAGCGACAUUUAAAUAUUCAUACAAAUCGACACACACACAAGAAAAUCAAGAAUCCGUGAAUCAAUCAAGCAGUACCCAGAAAAGAAAACUCAAACUACUACUAAUAAACAACUAGAUAAGCUAAUGAAAAAAAAUGAAUGGAAGGAUUUGACUGAGAAACCUAGGAAGACGAUGAAGCAAGAGAAUCUCUAGAAAUAUAGACAAUGCCUACUAGAAGAAAAAAAAGCAAACACAACUAUGGAUGAAAGCUUUAAGUUAUGCGCUAAUCCCCUCAAACAACAAAAAACUAAGCUACACUCGAGAGAGCCCCCGUUUCCCGUUUCAUUUAGCCCAGUUAGUGUGCGAACCGCGCAUUCGAACACAAAUUGAGAAUUGAGAAAGCUUAGCAUAAGAAUACAACAGGCGACGCAACAGCGCGAAUCAGCCACGUGUGUUUGGUGUGCGAGAUCAAUUGGAGGACACCUAGGAGAAAACGACAAACCAUCAUGUUAUUUAAUUUGUUAAGUUGUAGAAUUUGUAUAAAAAUUAGCAAUAAAGGAAAGAACAACACAAAAAAUGAAAAAAACAAUAAUUAUUGAAUAAUUGCUAGAAGACGAUUGCGCUAGACGAAAUGAAUACUACUACUACACAAGAAAAGAAAAAAAAACCGAAA